AUGAAACUUUUGGUGAAGGAGAAUCCACGUACCUUGGCGCUGGUGUCUAGGGAAACGGUGCUCGUCUUCCGCCAUUUUGAAACUAAGAACAAGGAGAGCCGCUGUGCUAUUGAAUUCUUGCCGAAGGGUGAUAUCGAGCUCAAACACUACAAAAAGCUGACGGAUCGAGAGAUUGGUGGGUUCUUAGGAUUCAUAGAGGUCAAUGGUGACACGUUCAUAUGCUGUAUUAAUGGCUCUACCCGUGUUGCGAUGCCUGUGCCCCACGAGAGCAUCAACAAGAUCCAUAGUGUGGAUUUCUACUCGGUAAACAAUGGCACCUGGGAUUAUGUCGAGUUGGAUAGCAACGGGUUUCCAAUCAUGCCGGAACAGGACAGCACCCCUGGUGAAUACGGUUCCGGGUCAAAUGGACAAUACGUCAAACAUCCAUGCCAGGAUUUGAGAAAGCUGUUGUCAUCUGGAGGGUUCUACUACAGUUCCGAUUUUGACUUGACAAGCUCAUUGCAAGCCAGAGGUGUUGGCAGCCACUCACUGAGCAUGGAUAAGUACAAAGAGGAGUAUAUGUGGAACUCGUUCAUGUUACAAGAGAUGGUUGAAUUCAGAAACAGAUUGGACCAACAACUAAAGGAGAAAUUGGACGAUGAAGGAUUUCUAACUACUGUGAUUCGUGGGUUUGCUAAAACCGUUCAAACUUCAGUGGAACAUGACAAAUAUGCAAUGACAAUCAUUUCAAGACAGAGCUGGAAAAGAGCCGGAACAAGAUUUAAUUCAAGAGGUGUUGAUGAUGAAGGUUACGUGGCAAACUUUGUUGAAACCGAGGUGAUUUUGUUCUCCAAGAAGAUCUGUUAUUCUUAUACCCAGAUUCGUGGUAGUAUACCUGUGUUUUGGGAACAGGAUACAGCGCUGAUCAACCCAAAGGUUCAAAUCACAAGAUCGGAAGAGGCUACCCAUCCAGUCUUUGUAACACACUUUAAACGACUCUUGGAGGAGUACAACGCUAUCAACAUUGUUAACCUCUUGAGUACAAAAUCUUCUGAAUUACCCUUGUCGCAGAGAUAUAGAAGCCAUGUCAAACGUAUGAUUGAUGAUGGUACCUCAGAUCUAUACAUGACUGAUUUCGAUUUCCAUAGGGAAACAUCUGACAAGGGAUUCUCAUCGGCAACAAAGAUUUAUAACUUGAUUAAGGAAUCACUAUACGAGUUUGGUUAUUUCAGUUACGAAGUUUCAUCCGGAAAGGUGUUGAGUGAACAAUCUGGAUCCAUCAUCAAUGCAGAUUACUCUAAAUCAUCUUUCUGGACGAAGGAGGUGAACAAAUGCCUUAACCAACAUGACAAAUAUAUCAUGCUUAGAGCAGAACAGAUGUCUUCUUUGAUGCUUUUAUUCUUUGUUCGUGCGGAUAGCAUGGAGCACAUCAAGCGUGUCGAAGGUGCAAAUAAGAAAACAGGUCUUGGUGGUAUAACUGGUAACAAGGGUGCUGUUGGUAUCAGAUUUAAUUACGGCUCCUCCUCCUUUUGUUUUGUGAAUGUUCACCUUGCUGCAGGAACCACGAACGUUCAAGAUAGAAACAAUGAUUAUCAAUCCAUUUUGAACAGUGUUAAGUUCACACGCAACCAAACAAUCCAUGAUAACGAGACUGUUUUCUGGAUUGGGGAUCUAAACUAUAGAAUUGCACUGACCAGCGAUGAAGUUCGUCGUCGUAUCGAAAAGGGUGAUUUUGAGUACUUAAUGAAGUAUGAUCAGUUAACAGAGGAGAUAAGAUCUAACCGUGCUUUUGCAGGAUACUCAGAACCUUCUUUGAACUUCAACCCAACUUACAAGUAUGAUAAAGGUACAAGCAGAUACGACAGCUCAGAAAAGUUCCGCACGCCUUCAUGGACUGACAGAAUUAUAUAUAAGAGUGAGACUGUAAAGCCUUUGGCGUAUAGCUCAUCGGAUGGCGUGGUGUUCUCUGACCACAAACCAGUAUAUGCAGCAUACAAGGCAAAGGUGGAAUUCAUCGAUGAGGAGAAAAAGUUGAAGCUUUCCAAGGACAUAUAUGAUAAGUACAAGGCUAUUCAUGUUGAGUCAAGUACCAUCUCUCUUGUUGAUUUGGGAAACUCACAAGUGGACACUAAAGUGCAUCAUACGCAACCUAAUUUCCUGGAUGCUGAUGAUGAUGAUGAGUACAAGCCUAAACUGCCGGACAGAAAUGCCGCACUGUCUCCACAUAUUUCAUCAGAGGUUUUAACUCCACGCCGUAACAGUCCAAAACCAACGCCUCCUCCGUCCCGCUCUGGAGCAUUACCUAACACCAACUCGACAGCAGCACUACCACCACGUCCACCAACAUCCGGGUCCAUUACUGCAUCUAAGACGACUUUGUCACCACCGCCACCACCAGCACCUCGCUCAGCCACACCAGUUGACGUGAAGGCAGUGCCAAUUUCGACAAAGGCGUCACCACCACCGGCUCCCUUGCCACGCAAGGCACUACCUCCAGGAUUCUCUGAAUCUGUGUUGGUGCCGAAAUCAGCAACUCCAUCACGAUCAGGUACUCCUCUGCCAACGUUGCCAACCGAAAAGAAGACUGCGCCACCGUCAGUUCCUAAGAAGCCAUUAUCUUUGGCAUCUCAAGAUACAGAGAGCAAGGCUCAAGGGUCGAAGAGCCCUCCUCCUCUUGUACCAAAGAAACCACAGACGUUGUCCCAGGCACCAAUUAUACCUAAAAAACCACAAGCAUUAAAAUCACCAUCAGGAGCUAAAGAGAGUGAUGAUGCAUCUGUUAACACACCAAGCAGAACAUCGACUCCAGUUGAGCAUCAAAACCGUGGAAUGAACAAUUGGCAACCCUUGGUGCCAAAAUGA